AUGAGGGGUCUGACGACGGGCCUGAAGCCGCCGUCGGGGAAGGGCCAGUGCCUCAUCGUCACGCACAUCGGCAGCGAAGACGGCUUCGUCGCUGGGUGCCUGGACGUCUUCCGCGGAGUAAAGACCGGCGACUACCACAAGGAGAUGAACGGCACACGAUUUGAGACGUGGUUCGAAGCUGUUCUUCAGAUGCUGCCGACAGGGAGUGUCAUCGUAAUGGACAAUGCUUCCUACCAUUCUCGGCGGUUGGAAGCAGUGCCAACGACGGGUUCCCGGAAGGAAGUGAUCCAGCAGUGGCUCACGUCAAAGGACAUCUCGUGGGAUGCCAAGAAGAAGAAGCAGCUCCUUGCAAUCGUGGCGUCAGUCAAGCCACCAUAUUUGAAGUAUCGCGUCGAUACUGCUGCAGAGAAGGCUGGUUGUACGGUAGUGAGACUUCCACCCUACCACUGUGAGUUCAACCCCAUUGAACCCAUCUGGGCACAGAUCAAGAACGGCGUUGCAGCCAGGAACACAACGUUCAAGAUCAGCGACAUUGAAAGGCUGCUCAAGGAAGAAGCCGAAAAGGUCACGGCUGACAACUGGCGCAAUGCUGUGAGGCAUGUCGUUGGAGUGGAGGAAGGCUACAGACGAGGCAGUGCUACAAGUGCCCAUGUAGAGCCGAUCGUCAUCGAACUGGGUGAAGACGACACAUCUGAGAGCGACCUGUCUGGUGUGGAGCCGCUCGAGGAAGUGUGA